AUGUCUUCACUGCCUUCAAACGUUCAUGUCUCCCAACACCCGUGUCUGCGGGCAAAGCUGAGCCAGCUUCGCUCAAAGACCAACAGUCCUAGAGACGUCAAAUCACUGAUUCAUGAGAUCUCUCUGAUUGUCUCUUGUGAAGCUCUUGCCUCGUCUUUGGAAGCUACGGAAGGGACUCAGGAUGAGACGCCUUUGGGCUUCAAGUUCACUUCCACAACAGUGCAACCAAGUACCAUGUGUCUGGUUCCCAUUCUGCGAUCAGGCCUUGGAAUGGUUGACGCCGUGCAAACCAUGCUCCCUGUCCCAGUUCCAGUUCAUCAUCUGGGCAUGUACCGUGAGCCUUCAACUCUCGACCCAGUCGAGUACUACAACAAUCUUCCCCAGCAAAUCCCGGGUGACUCCUCCAGUAGCAAUGCUAGUAGUCUUGCUAUCUUGGUCGACCCUGUUAUCGCGACCGGUGGAACCUGCGCCGCCGCUAUCCAGACGCUCCGUGAAUGGGGCGCAAAGAGAAUCAUUGUUCUCGCCGUAAUUGGAGCUGACGAGGGUGUUCAGAGAGUCGCUGCCGAGUGGCCCGAGGGAUGCGAGGUUUGGAUUGCAGCAGUGGACAAGGAGUUGACCAAGGAUGGUAUGCUGAAACCUGGUGUGGGAGAUGUUGGUGAUAGGCUGUUCUUGACUAUCGGCAAAUGA